AUGAUGUUGAAGUGCGACAUUCAUUGCAAUAUGAUCGUGAAUACUGACACUUAUACCGGCAAGAAGCGACCAGAAGACAUCAAUACGUUAUCAAAUAUUACGACUGUGGCCACUGAUAACAAAUCAAACGACCAUGAAGACUUCCAGAACAAGUUACAACCUAAAAACUUACACCAGUGCGUGUCUAAUUCUCGCUCUUCUUCCUUCUUAAUAAAGAAUCUAAUCAACGAUAGUAAUAUUGUGAAUGAAGAAGCUCCACUAAAAAAGUGUAAGUUAUCUAUAAUUUCAGAUCCGUAUUUUCUAGAGAAAGAACCUCAACAACAAAGAAGGCAGUCAGGCAGCGAAACAGCAGAGGAAACUUUGUACGCCAAUAAGUUUUCAGCUGAAAAAGCAAAGGAGGGAGAUCGUAAGCCUGAUCAGAAAGUCCCAUCUUCACUGACACCAAAGAGACGUAGAAAAGCUCGAACAACUUUCACUGAUCAUCAAAUGAAAACAUUAGAAGAGCGUUUUGAACGACAAAAAUACCUAAACAUUCAAGAUCGGAUGGAAGUAGCGGCGAAGUUACACUUAACCGACACUCAAGUGAAGACCUGGUUCCAGAACAGAAGGACAAAGUGGAAAAGACAUACUUUAGAAGUUCCCCCGCUUGAAUGUACUGCGUACAGCUCAUUUUCCCAGCUUUGGAACCAAACUCCCUUUUCAUUUUGGCCAUGUAGUUAUAAUAAUUACUUAUCCACCCUAUCAGGACUGACAAAGAGAAAUUUCGUUUCUUUCGAAAGUCCCUCUUCUUUAGGGAUUUACCAGAGGCAGACAUCACAUUAUUGUAAUGUGUUACCUAGUGUUCUUUACCGAGGGUGUCAGCCACUGUACCUAAAUCAACCACCUGAGUGAAACUGCAAUUGACAGUUCCCUUGUAAGUAUAACUUCUGUGAUAACUAUAAUACACGUAUCCUACUAAUCACUGCUAUGACUGCCUGUUCAUGGCGUAAAUAUUGAAGAUAUAUUUGACGUCAACGGUUUAAGUCAAAAUGUGUUUGUUUUGCUUAAUAGAUUUAGCUAUUCUAUCACAAUAUACAAUCUAUGACCCCUUCAUUAGGAAGCUUAUCUAACACUGAGCUGUAUCAUGUUUUAUCGCAAAACACUAGACUUUGUGCAGCAUAGACUUCACAAAAUACAAGUUGAUUUGUUCGACUGUAACCCACUUGCAACGGGCUAUGA